AAGAGAGCCGGUGCUGGGCAGGGAGCAUGCGUGUUGGGGACAAGGAAGAAAGAAGUGUGGUUUUCCGGAGCCGAGUGUGGCAUGCAGGCAGCUCUGGAAGUAACCUUGCGGUACUGCCACAAAGAAACCGAGCAAUAUGGCCGGUGUGUUGCUGCUAACCCUUCUUCCUGGCAGCAGGACUGUCACCAACUCAAACUUGAUAUGGCCAAAUGUACAUCAUCCCACCCAAUUGUUCAGAAGAUUCGCCAAGAUUGUGCUGAGCCAUUUACUGCAUUCGAGGAGUGCCUGAAGAUAAAUCAGAGUUCUUCAAUUAAAUGUUCUGAACACCUCCAAAAGUUUCUCCUCUGUGCUGACCAAGUGAAAUUGAAUACAUAAGCCUUUUGAUUUCUUCAGCAGAAACCUUGCUAUUUCUUGAAGGGGCAUUACGAUUAAAGAUUUGACCAACAAUGGCAGCAGCUUCUCACCUAUCAUGAAGAUAUCCUUCCCAGACUUCAGCAUCCUUCAUUUAUCUGCAGUGAUCCAAGAUACCGCAGCUUGGCACAUUGAAAUUUAGUUGUGUUGACAUGACAAUGGAAUCUCAUCUUUACUUACACACCCAGGUGUCUGGGGUAGUUAUUCCAUUAUGUUUGGAACUUUUGCAGGCACUAUACAGUAAAUUGCAAAGAUCCCGAGUAAUCUUUUCUGACCCAAUUUUGCAGACAGAAUUGCAAUGUUCCAUGGUUCAAAGCAGAAUGAUCCAGGUAGAUUAAUGAACAGAAGAAAAAAGGAAUCUAAAUUGCCAUGGAACUUCUCUGAAAAUAUUUUGAUGUUCUCUCAUGGACUGCGAGACUUGCCUCAGGGUAUCCUGUUUAUGCCCAGCUAAUGGGCAGCGCCUCGGCAACUUUGACUUGAAAAAUCUUGAACAAGGUCAGACUUAAUUUCUUAAUUGGAGAGUCACUAUAUAUGACCAUAGCUGUAUACCAGAUUGGGAAGAAAAAAAAGUCCACCCAUAUAAAUUAUUUUUUUAUUGUUACCAAGAAAACUACAUGUUCAAGACUACUUGGUCACUAGGAUACAAACUUGAUUCAGAGGAAACAUGAAUAGUGUACUUUUAUUCCAUUUCUGGUCAGUAGAGGGCACUCUGCAAACAUCAGAAUGUUCUUGAUUCUUUAUGACUAUAUUGUAAAAAAUGACAAGAAAAAUGACACUAAUGAAGUUCAGCGGUUGUCAGUCUUAUGUAUCCAGUGUUUCUGACUGGAUUUGUAUUCAUAACUCUGAAUAUUAUUGGAGUGAUGUUUGUAGAAUCUUAUAUGUGUCAAUGCAUUGUUUAUAUCACUUAGCCAAUGGGAUACGAGUUUUGGGAAAAAUGACCCAGUAUUCUGAAUUGUCAUGAUAGGGCAGGGGAAAUUAUUUGUAAGGAGGCAUGAAUAAAUGUGCAAGAAUGAGAAGAGUCAAAUGAAGACCUAAUGUUGAAUGGCCAUGGUGACUAUUUGAUGAGUACCCUCUUAGAAAAGAUUUAAGCCUGUCAUUCCAUAUGCAGGCAUGGAAAAGUAGAGAUUGUAAAGCUAAAAGCAUGAUUGAUUUGAUUGUUUAUGAUGGCAGAUUGAAAUAAUUAGUGAAUGAUAUAGGGUGCUGAGAGAUUCUGAAUAUGAGAUAGACCAUUAUCUAGUAGAAUUAAGUAUAGAUCUUAGAAAA